CUCGCGCCCCGGUGAUUCCGCGCAUGCGCGCUGGCCGUUCCAGUCAACUGAGGAAUUUUUUUUAAAAAAAGAAUUAUUAUUUUUUCUUGUUGGUGAGGAGAAUUAAAAGCAAGAGACGGCCGUAGGCGAGGACUAAGCCGAAAGAUGGAACAGAAUCUCUCGGAGAAAAAACCAGCCAUCGCCCAGACUGCAGACUUCGAUGUAAUGGGUGCCUUAGACUGGAAAGACGGCGUUGCCACUUUGCCGGGUAGCAACAUACAAUUUCGAUUAAGUGAAUUUGGAACGCUAGAGAUCAUUACUGAAGCUGAAGCAAAAGCUGCAAGAAGUCUCUCUGCCUCAGCAGUAGAUACCAGUUCAACUGUCUUUCAUGCAUCUACCUCUUCUGCUUCCAGAACCAUAGCUGCUUGCAAACCUGACGCACCCCUGGAAAACAUUCCCAGUUUAAAGCUUCAGACCUGUGAAAGUCUCAAGCGUCCUGGGCAAAUGGAUGGCUUUGAGAAUUCUCGGUCUUGCCCUCAGGAGCAUAAAGACAGAGUUUCUAAGGUCUCCCCAGCUGACUAUGGAAAUCGGACAAGUAGCAGCCAAGUGUAUGAAAUUGAGAGACCCUCCAAGCGUCUCCGAAGGAAGAGGAAGUUGCUUUUGGAUUCUGAAGACGAGGAAGAUAAUGCAGAUGAUGAUGAGGAAAAGAAUAAACUGAAUUUGAAAAACCGUAAAAACGCUAAACCAAUCAAGCAAGUUAUUCCUGGAAAGAAGUAUGUGUGGAACUGGAUUUCCUACUUAGAAGAAGAACGGAUGAUGGCUGUGCCACUUAAACUAUUCAAAGAGUCACAGUCCUUUCCACAGAACAAAAAUGGAUUUAAAGUUGGAAUGAAGUUAGAGGGUCUGGAUCCUGACCAUCCAUCUUUAUUUUGUGUCCUUUCUGUUGCUGAGGUGCAAGGGUACAGAAUGCGACUGCAUUUCGAUGGCUAUUCUGAGUGCUAUGACUUCUGGGUUAAUGCUGAUUCUCCUGAUAUCCACCCUGUGGGCUGGUGUGAAAAAACAGGCCACAAACUGCUUCCUCCUAAAGGUUACAAGGAAGGGGAAUUUAAUUGGGCUUCAUAUUUGAAGAGCUGCAAAGCCCAGGCUGCCCCCAAAACUCUUUUCAAGGCACUCAGCACACCAGUCACACCUUCUGGUUUUCGAGUGGGAAUGAAGUUAGAAGCAGUAGACAAAAAGAAUCCUUCCUUGAUGUGCGUAGCAACCAUUGCAGACAUGUUGGAUAAUCGGCUGCUUAUUCACUUCGACAACUGGGAUGAAAGCUAUGAUUAUUGGUGUGAUGCUAGUAGCCCAUAUAUUCGACCUAUUGGUUACUGCCAAGAAACUGGAACUCCAUUAACAACACCAGCUGAGUACAAAGAUUUCAAAAGCUUCUCAUGGGAGAAAUAUUUGGAGGAAACUGGUUCACAAGCAGCCCCAGCAAGAGCAUUUAAACUGCGCCCACCUCAUGGUUUCCAGACUAACAUGAAACUAGAGGCUGUAGACAAGAGAAAUCCCAUACUAAUUAGAGUGGCAACUAUAACUGAUAAGGAUGACUAUCGUAUCAAGAUACACUUUGACGGCUGGGACCCUGUCUUUGAUUUCUGGGUUGAUGCUGACAAUCCAGACAUUCACCCUAUGGGCUGGUGUGCAAAAACAGGACACCCCUUGCAGAUCCCACUAGGGACUGCGGAUUCAUCGGAAGCAGUAGGACAGGGAUGCCCUACUCCUGGCUGUCAGGGGCUGGGUCAUGUCAGGGGACCCAGAUAUGGAACACAUUACACGUUGGUUAGCUGCCCUUACUCAGAAAUCAAUCGGAACAGAGAGAGUUCCAUACAAGAUCGCCUAGGCGGGGAGAAACCUUCGCCAAAUAUCAGUAUUCUGAAGCCCAAGAAGCCUGAGCCUUCUGUGCCGUUUUCCGACCUAAGGGAGGAUUCUCCACCGUCCAGAAAGUCUUCCAUGCAAGAUGGGGAGAGAUCAGGGAGAAGCAGUGUCCACAGUCUGUCAGAACAGUCCGAGACCAGCCAAGAAAUGGACUGGACAGAAGCCGAAUCAUCAACUCUCUCCAAAAUCAAAUCCAAAAGAAUUGGUUGCUCACAUGGUUAUAUAAAGUUUCAACUAAUGAAGCAAGAAACUGAUGGAAGAGAUCCCGCGUUUGCUCUGCAGCAGGCCCUCCACCAGUCUGUCUUCAUGCCGUCCCUUUCCACAAAUCCGAUCCACCGCCUCCAUCUCUGCUGGGAGCAGCACUGCAAACUGCUGCCGGAGGUCUCGGGCCUCACUGCCAAGAACGUGGCCAAAUGGAGCGUGGAAGAGGUGGCUUGCUUUGUCCAGCGUUUACCAGGUUGCAAGGACCAGGCUACAUUAUUCCGACAAGAGCAAAUUGACGGUGAAGCCUUCCUUCUCCUCAACCAGUCAGACAUUGUUAAGAUCCUGAGCAUCAAGCUGGGGCCCGCACUGAAAAUAUACAAUGCCAUCCUGAUGUUCAAGACGGCAGAAGAAGCUUGACAGACUGGGGCACAAGGUCAGAAGUUCUUGCAGGCUGUGGCCCUCACAACCAGAUCUGAAUAGGCUGGGACCUGGGAAAGGCAGCGUGACCUUAAUUCUGUUUCAGACUGACUUGGGUGGAAUCUGCUGAAAGGAUCCCGAAGAAGAAGAGGAAUCCCUUCUGCCACUUGGAAUGAAUGCAGUGGCUUCCCUUCUAGGAAGAGAUUAUUAAUUUUUUUUCUAAUUGAAUUUUGGAUAUGGUUAUAUUGAUCUUUUGUGAAGAUCUUGAAGACGCCUCCAGUUAUAAGAGGAAUCCCAAGUGUUGCUACUGAUGGGGAGCCAAUCUCGAUCAAGCAAACUGACUUUCCCGUUGACAGUGCCUAAAAAGGGAGUGCAAUCUGUCUCCAGAGUCUUUGAUGUCUUCUGUCUGCACAGAGCAUUGAGAGUGAGGAUUUUUUUUAGCAGAACGAGGAACAGGGAUAGUCUUCGCAAGCAGUGUUGUUUGGUUCCUAAUCCUGGGCAAUUUAGGCAUCUCUGUUCUUUCCAGGCUGGUUUGAAAUCCUUCUUUUUAAGCUAUCCAAAUACCAGCAUUUAAUUAUUUUUUAAACAUCCAGCAGUGUGUGCUGGGGGAGGAAUGGGGAUCCACGAAGUCCACCUCCAUGUAUGGUGAUUGUGCAGUUUAUCAUAUUGUGUUGCGUUGUUUAAGUGCAUAGUUAAUAAAGGUCACAUGAGAGGGCUCAGAAGGCAGGCACAUCAUUUGAGUUCAGGGUUCUUUUGAAUUAACUGUAUGAAAUUUAAUGGGGAGCCCUAAGAAAAGUGGGGGCGGGGUGUUUUAAAAAUGCCCCUGUGGUUGAUGCAUUCAGCACACAUUCUCUCCCUGCCCCCUCCCUCUUGUGCCCCUCUCCUUUGCUGACAAAAAAUCUUACCUGGGAAAAGAUCUAAUGGCUUUAAAAGCUUUACAGGUUUUAUAUGCAUCUUCAUAUAAUAUUAUAUGCAGUCUGCAUCUCUCCUCUGCUAAACUUGCAGUCUGUUCAACUAGGCUGCCCUGCUUCUUUUCUGUUCUUUUUAGUAAGGCUUGCAUGCAGGCUAACUCAAGUCUAUUAAACUAAGGAUGCCCCACAGCUCCAUUAUUCUGUGGGGUAGAUACACAGAAGGCUCCGUGCCUUUUGCCGAAAGAGAAUGGAAGGUUUGGGUCCUGAAUGGGCCUAUAGUCUUCUCAGUCUUUAUUUGCCUGUUUUACUAUUCAUGAAUCCUGGAUUGCAGUCUUUCUUGCAAGAAUGGGGGUGGUGGUGUUCUAUUGUUUGCUGAAACAAACAAGAUUUUUUGACUGGAUAGGAGAGGGGGGUCCAGGACAAGGCUUCUGCCAAAAGAAAUCGAAGCAGUCAUCUGACAAAGAGCUUGUAGAGAAGGGAAACAAAAAUAAGUCAGUUUGAUACAUAGGUGUCUUCCUGCAACAGCUAAUGGCAAAGAUUGUAAUUGUUGUGCUGACUUGUACUUAGGAGCCUACCCUAGACCAGAGGCAAGCAGUUGUGUAUCUCCAAAGAAAACCAUAGUGUUACUUAGAAAGCAGAUGCAGGCAUUUAUUUGCUGCUUCAGAUGCAGAGAAACUUCUGAACUCGACUAUGUAAUAGCUGCAUGCAAAUCAAGGUGACCUCUCAAACAUAUUCCUGCUGGUUUCUUGAGCUAGUAAUAUCUUCUCCAGCCCUACGAAUCAAACUAAACUCUCUGAUUCAUUUGAAGGGUUGAUUGCGUAAAGCCAGUCUACUUUAAAGCACUGGACUAGGACUGGGCAGAUGUGAGUUAGCCACAAAGUUUACUGGGAGACUGUGGGACAGUUGCACACUCAAUCUUACCUUUUUUCAGGAUUUUUGUGAGGAUAAAAAUGGAGGAGAGGAGGACCAUGACUUCUCCUAAGCUCCCAGAAGGACAGAUGUUAGGGAUAAGAAUCUAAUAGAUAAAAUUGAGAGAGUGAAAGGAUUUUUCUAGCAGCUGCUCCAUCCUCUGUUUCCUCCAUCGCUGGCAGGAGAAGUGUGGGUUAACGCACAGCACACAAUUUCUUUUUGUUUCGGUGAGUGGUGGCAGCAUCUUUUAAAUAAUUGCCUGUUUUAAUGUCUAAAUCUUAUAGGCAAUUGUGUGACGUUCACUGGUGAAGGGUGGCUUGUGGCUAGAUCCCUUUCACAUCCCUUGCCUUCCCGCCCCCAAUCGCUAUAAAAGUCCCCAUAAGUCAAGAUGACACAAAACUCUUAAAUCGGUGUGCAAUCCAGGCUGCUGAAUCUGAAUAGUAUUAACUAGGUCUGCAGAACCGAUGCAUCUUGUAGCCUUCUAUUUUUGUGUAAGAAGUUAAGGAGUUUAAGUCUUCCACACAGAAGUGCCAUUCCUGAUUUGAGGCCAGCCGAGAGAAUCUCAGUAAUAGACAGCGGCCACUGACAAUGGGAUGCUUAUGUAGACAGCAUCUAGUUAUGUGGGUCAGAUACGUAUUUUUAAACAUCCAUUUCUCAUGAGGUAAGAGAGGAUAAUUGCCCAAGGGCAUAUUCAGCAUACUUUUCUCUUCAUGUGCUUCUGGUAGACAAGGGGACAUGGUUGUCACAUUCCCUUGGAAUUAAAGUUGGUUUAACAAAAAACUCUGCAUAUUUGCAAAGGGCAACCACUAGUAGCAUGUUCAUACACUAGCAGGAUUCCUCUGUACAAAGCAGGUGGCUUCCAAAGAGCUAUUGUGAACGGAGGUUUGUUUGAGUUUCGUACAUUCCCAGGACAGCUUCCACAGCCGAGUUAUACACAAGUGCACAUAUGGUAUGACUAGGAAAAAUGAAUAUUCUCCCGUGUUUGCCAUGCUGAAGCAGUCCUGUGUAAAGUCGCUGUGAUGCAAGAAGGCGGCAGCUCGGAAUCCUUGGCUCAGCUGCAUAUCAAGCUGGGCACAGAUAUUUGAAGCUGUAGAUAAAGGGGAAAGAGCCAGCUUGGUCAAGAGUGGCAGACUCUAAUUGGAGAACCAGAGAUUCCUCCACAUGAAGCUUGAUGGGCAACCUUGGUUCAGUCACGGUUCUCUCAGAACUCUCUCAGCCCACAGGAGGCAAGCAAUAACCGACCACCUACAAAUGUUUCUUGCCUUGAAUACCAUGGAGUCGCCAUUAGUUGGCUGUGACAUGACAGCAUGCACAUUCACACAUAGAUAAUGGGGAAGUUAUCCUUCUUUGUUUACCACAUGGGCCCUACAUGGCUUACUUAUGUAGGACAGGCUCACCUACCAAAAGGCAACUGUAGGCCAAGUCCACUGCCACAAUUUGUCUUCCUUUCAUGGAGGCCAUGGCCUGACACGUCUCUGGUGUGAAUUGCAGCCAUAUAGGGAGGUGAGAGGAGCUUUUAACCUUUCCAUCCCCAUACAGUUUUGCUAAUCAUCACUGGCACCACCACUCUCUACAGCCAUUUAAAGGCAAAAUGCUGGGCAUCCAUCUUUUGCCCCUCCUUUUUACUUCCAGGGGCUGUGACAGUGGAGUCAGUUUCCAAACUGGAGUCUCACACAGCCUGAAGAGAUGUCGGAAAGAUCUCAUCAUGCUUCACAGAACAGUCUUGCUGGAUCAGACCAGAGGUCCAUCUUGUCCAGCGUUCCAUCACGUACAGUGGCCAACUAGUCAUUCUGGAGGGGCAACAAAAGCCAAGGGCUCCCUCUGCUGUCGCUUCCUCAAAUUGCAUUUAAAUGUUUACUGCCUCUGAUCACGGAGGUUCCUGUUAGUCAUCCUAACUAGUAGCCACUGAUGGGCUUAUCCUGCAUGGAUUUACCUAGUCCUUUUUUAAAGCUUUGCAUGUUGGUGCUGCCCAUCGCUACAUGCUUUGGCAGUGAAUUCCACAUUUUAAUCACUUGUCCAUCAACUUCAGCGGGCGCUCACAAAUUCUAGUGUUUUUGGAGAGGGAAAAACAUUCCUUCUAUCUACUCUCUCUGCCCCACACAUGAUUUUAUAGAUCUCUAUCAUGUCCGUCCUCCGUUGUCUUUUUUCCAAACUGAAAAGUCCCAGUCUUUAGCCUUUCAUCAUAGGAAAGAGCUCCAAUCCCGUGUCUCAUCUAGCGAUGACCAUAAGCUUAAAUUAAAAAACCCUGUCUUUAAAAGGGGAAGGUUUUUUAAAAACUGAAGAUUGAUGAAAACAGCAGCCGGAAUCUUGGUAUAAAACUUCAUCAACUCAAAGAACAACUGCCACAUCUGGAAACUCAGGCAAGUAGCCGAGGAGACAAGGUGGGUUCUAGAUGGGGACAGCCCUGUGUGUUUUCCCCAUGGGAACUGAUGCAGCAGAGCACAUGGCAGAUAUGGCGCUUCCACGUGGCAGGUUUCUCCACAGCCCCGCCCUGUGCCAUUGAGGCUUUUUCAAUUUAUUUUAAAAUCAGCACUUAAAUAUCAGUGUGUGCAUAUGGUUCUCUUAAUUCCCAUCUUUUUUCCAAAUAAGUCUCUAGUCCCAACUAAUGGACAUGCCAUAAGGACUUCUUUUUGAUAUAUAUGUGCAUAUGUGAUAUGAAUUUCACAGGUCACUAACGUAGUUCUUAUUCCUUCUCUAAUUCAGACAGAACUGAAUUAAUUUACACCUUUGCUACAACACCGAGGCUUGAAACCUUUCCUUUCACCACAUUUUAGCACCGUUCAGAAGGGUAACUAAAAACCCACAUCAAGACACUUCAUCCUGGUUUGCACAGAGAGCAGAAUGAAGUGGUAAAAUGCUGAAGCAGAGAUGGAGGGCUGUAUGUUGGAAUGUUCCCCUGUAUUAACUUGCUGCAGACAGAAAAUCACCCUGGAGUCGUAUUUUCUUUCCCUGUGGUGCUUUUUUCUAUUGGCAUGGAGGGUUUUGGGCAAAGAAACAUUCCUCGCUAGAAUCCCACCCACCUUUGCAGUCUGGUGCAGUUCGUUCUGCCACUUCUUGACUCUGCUGCCUCUUCCUCCUGUAAGCAUGAACCAGGCCUUAAAGAGAAGCUUACUCCCCAUUAGAUUAUAGCCACAUUUCAGAGAUGGAGAUGAACUGUUUUAGGAUGACUGCCAUCAUACCCCACCCCAAAUCUAAGCAUAUUAGUCACCAUUUUGUUUCCUGCCAUUUUGACCGUGAUGGACGUCCUCUCGAGUGCUAAAAUGACUUGGCACUAAGGAAAAAAUGCUUUUUUUAAAAAAAAAAAUCUCCAACAUAUGUGUUUUAUCACUUUAAAACAAAAGCUGAUAGUUUUGGAUUCCAAGAGAUUUGUGUCCAUCAGACUGAAUAUCUGUCGAAAAGAACAGCCGUUUUUAUUAAGCCAUAUGCAUGCACGCGAGAGGACCUGUCACUUCAUAAGUGAUGCUGUCUAAGGACCGUUUGUCACAAACCGACAAAGCAAAGAGGUGAUCUUCAUUCUGAAUAAUUCUGCUGUUAAGUGCAUUGCUUUGCAUUCCUAACCUUGUUCAGUUGAGAGAGACCCUUCCCUCCUCUGUACUCUUUUCCUUUCAGUGGAAGAUCUUAGGGGUUUAAAAAAAAUCAUGCCAUCAGAAGCUAUCAUCCUUGCAAUCUAAUAGAAGCAUUUCAUUGACAGUGAUACUCUUUAUAAGCAAAGCAAAAAAAUAUUUGACCCAGGGAUAAGCUAGUUUGGCUGUGAGAUUUCCUGCUCGCCGCUUCCAUGCCCUGAAAAGGGAUUUGUGCCGGAGAAAGCUUUACAUUUUUCUGACAUUCUGUCCAUCGUGUGAUGAGCAGGUUUAUUUUUGAAAUGUCCUUAUUACUUCAUGAACUCGAGGCUUGUGCAAAGCAGAGAAAGUCUUUGUGGGACUUCGGUUUACAGCAUUUGAGAUGAUUUUGCUAUUUUCCUACCUUUUUUUUUAAAGACCUAGAAAUGUUUGCUAUUUGUCACCCAUGCUUCACUCGGAAAAUAUAAAUAAAAUGUGUUGAUGUGCUUGUUUUGA